AUGUCCGAAGACCAAGCGGCCACAGAGCGCGAGCUGGGAUGGCUGCUUGCACAAAGCAUUCCCGAGUCAGUCAGUUACGUACACAAGCAUAUCGCUCAGCUGUCACUAUUGGCACCGACACCAAAGGCUAAUGGGGUCGCAUCGGCGAAACGCGAAUCGCAAGUUGAGUUGCGCGAGGACGUUUCUGCAGAGGUCAGCGGUUCGGCAACCAUUUCUGGAGCAUUGGUCACUCAGCUCUCAUUCACAACAAUUGCAUUUGGCCAGCUAGGGCAGGGGAAGCCAGUGCAGUUUUAUCUCAAAAAGGGCGAGUUCAUUUCAUUGCGCCAAGCCCAAGAUGCACAAAGCUACGCACGAUCGGCACUGCGCAAGGCGCAGAACCCGCCCGCCUUUGAGUUGCACGACGAGGCCCACAAUUACGUGGAUGCGUUGCUGCGGGACAUCCAGCAUGUUAAGAGCGUACUUGCGUCCGAGAGACAACAGGGACUGAUGCCUUUACAGUCCGAGAACACGGAGAAGUUUGUUCCGGUUUUACCCGAAAACCUUGUUGUCGAAUGUAGCAUUGAAGGCUCGGAUUUUGUUGUCCGCGUAUACUGGCUCAACUUCAGAAGGGGUAUCAAGGGCGCUAGCAUUCUCGACGCAUUCAAAAAGGACCAAAAUACGGGCCAUAUGUUGAUCCACAACGGCCGGUUGGCCGAGGUCAAGCGCGAAAUCGUAUUGCGGGCUCCCCUUGACGAUGUUGCAUGCGGGCUUGCAAGCUUGGAUUCGGCCGCUGGCAUUUGUACAGACAUCAUCGGCCAACUGCACGCGUUCGAUAGCGUUUGA